AAUUGCAUUUUUGUUAAGUUAGUUCUGGUUUGUUUCUAUUUGAUAACAAAAAGUUUGUCUUUGCCUGUACACUUUAAAAUCAUUUGCGAUCAAAUUCAAAUCCUCUAAGUGCUCAAAAGCGGCAUCUAGCGUUUUUUCAGUGGCCCUAUAUAGAAAUAAAGUACUAUGCACUUAACUCUCCGCAAGCUGAUUUUAAAUAUCUGUAUUUUAAAAACCUUUUCCCUUAUAAUCGAGGCUCCUCUUAUCCAGAAUGCCUUGAUUUUAUCUGAAUAUUGCCUUUUUAAAAUUCCCGCCGUCAAUAAACCAGGGCGAUAUAACAUGAGAUAUAGGUAUUGUAUAAGAACUACCGAGAGAACUACAUAAAUAAAGCGUCAAAGCCUGGGAUCUCUAAGCUUUCCGGUUAUAAUCGGCAACAUGGCACAACGUGUGAGUAUCGAACGGCGAAGUCGUGAGCGCGGCCGUCGUCGUUUUAAAGGACCGGCACGGCGGCGCGGGACAAAAAGAAAAGUAUUAUAAACCGCGUGUCCCGUAGCGAAAUCGUUUCAGUUGUUGGCAAGAUCUCGCCAGUAUCACGAGCCUAUAAAAAAAACUCACGAAUGGGUUAUUCGAACUUCCAGUGUCUUGGAAUGUCCACCGAAUAUCGAAUGUCUACUGCCAAACAUCGAGUAAGCUUUAAAUUUCGCGCGCAUUUCACUGCACCGGCAAGGAGAGGCAUUUGUCAGUUUGAAGCCACAGCCGCCUGAGUAACACGCACAACCUCGUGGUCGGCUUGGAAACGUGUGACGUUGGAGCGAUUUUCGCGUAUUAUUAUCGGGAAAUUUCCGGUUUUAUGAUAAGGGUCAGCUAUGGAAAGUGUCGUCGCCAACGUGCCUUUGGGUCCCGCGACCUUGACCGCGACUUUGAUCGGAAUCGGUGUCAUAAUUUUCGUAUUUUUCGCAAAGUGGUUCCGGCAGGAAACAGAACACACUGCUGAAAAUGAAAAACUCGUCCAUAACAAACGAAAUAGUGUCGUCUCCUCCGCAGUUUCAACAGGGAAACAGAAGAAGGAUCAAGGCGGAACCGUAAGCAAACAGGCAUCGAAAAAGAAACUCACUGAGAGGGAGAGUAGAAGAAACGCCAGAACUGGAGAAAAAACUUUUGGCCACCCUUGGCUUUUGGCGUCCUUGAAGGGCCACGGGGGUAGAGUCCUCGACAUGGAUUUUGCUGCGAACGGAAAAUACCUGGCAUCGUGUGGGGAUGAAGAUCCAGAUCCGGACGGCAUGUCGACCACCGAAAGCACGUCCUCGUCCAGUUCCGAGUCGAACAAAGAAAAUAGCCGACCCACUUCGGCGGAGCACAGUCCGCUUCUUCCGAAGGGGCUAUCCCGGCGGCAGCGUAAAAACCGGAAACGAGAGCCCAAGUACGUUACCCCCGCAGAGCCGCCGAAACCGACGAAAACCAAAGUUUCGAACCAGUGCAAGUCGAAAGUUGCCGCCCAUCACGUCGAGCCGCUGGAAGAAUUUAAAAAAUUGAACAUAUCCGAAAGUUUGUUCGCGCAAAUGCUCGUAAAUAACUACGUUUUGCGGUCCGAACACAUGGCCAUACUGGGUUACCCGGCCAGACCGAACAAGAGGGCGAUAAUUUCGGAUAAGAUGGUCUACAUGUACAAGAAGCAUCACUUCGACAUAAACGCGAAAGAGUUCGUACCGAAAAGCGACUCCAACGAUUCCGGUCAAUGCUCGGGCUCCUCUAGCGAAGAGGAGAGCUCCAGCAGUUCCGACGACUCGAGUCCCAGGUACAGGAACACGCCGUUUUACGGACGGGUGUGCGUCCGUUGCGGAAGUUGGUUCUACACCACGUCGAACACCUAUAUCACGGACGAGGCGUGCUCGUAUCAUUGGGGAAAGCUCAGAACCCACGGCCACGGCUACGGACCCCUGGAGUAUACCUGUUGCAAUGGAAAAAACGGCUCGAAGGGAUGCUCGGAGGCGAAGGUGCACGUCUGGAACGGGCCCGCCGAACCAUUGGUGAAUUCGAGUUACGUGGAGACGGAGAAACCGAAGCACGUGUCGGAGGACGGAAACUACGGCGUGUUCGCGUUGGAUUGCGAAAUGAGCUACACGGUGACCGGAUUGGAAGUGACCAAAGUGACGUUGGUCAGUAUGGAGGGCAAAAUCAUAUAUAACGAAUACGUGCGUCCGAAAAACGAGGUCGUCGAUUACAACACGCGUUUCUCCGGCAUAACCGCCGACGAUUUCAAGAACAACCGUUCGAAAACGCUGCAGCAGGUCCAGCGCGAUUUGAAGAAACUCAUCAACAGCAAGACGGUGUUGAUCGGCCACGCAUUGGAAAACGAUUUGAAAGGGUUGCGCAUGAUUCACAAGACGGUGGUCGAUACCACGUUUACGUUUCCCCACGAUAAGGGUUUCCCGUUCAAGCGGUCCCUGAAGAGUCUGGUACGGUCUUGCCUCAAGCGGGACAUUCAGUGCAGCGAAAAGGGACACGACAGCUACGAGGACGCGCGGGCCAGCAUGGAGCUCAUGCUCUACAGGUUACGGAGGGACUUUUCUUUGUAAUCGGCGACAUAGGGGCGGUAGCAGAGUCGGAAGUCGCCAAGAUCAUUGAAAGACUGUUAGCGAUCAAAAUAUUUCCCUCAAAGUGCUUCCGAAUCCUCACCCACGCGAGUGUUUCCAACGUCACUCGUUACAUUUGAACUAAAAGACCUCCGCAUCAUCCACAGCAUCCGCUUUAUUUAUUGAAUCGCCUUCAUCACAAUUACAUAGUUCUAAUCUAAAUUCUCCUGCAUUUAUGACAAUUCACGUCGUUUUUUUAGCCUUUUUCCAUUUGAGAUCUCGGCUGCGGGACAAACGUGCCUUCAAUAAAUAAAAGUAGUCAUUUUGGGGCGCCCAUACGCAAAUGAUUGCGUAAACGCGGCAGCAGUGGCGACCAUUUAAACGAAGCAAUACCGCGAAAUUUGAGAGAAUUUUAGAUUUUGACUGUUGAUCUCCAUCAUUUAGCCGUAGAUUUUUAUGUUACGUAAGUGAUACGUUAUGUUUCCUAGGAGUUAAGUAACGACGAAUCUCAUUUACACACAAUUUGUUGUGAUAUUCUAUCGACUUGACAGUACGAGCGCGAUUUUCGGCACCAAGUGUCCUUGAAAUACUUUUCCACGCGCAACGUCGAUGCGAUUUUGUUUUACGCGACAGACAGUGACGUGCGAAUAUUCAAUAGCGUUGUGUUGUUUAUGACUUAAGAGCCAAUCAAACAUUCCCCGAUUUCCAUAGACGUCAAAAUUUAUUAAUCUAACACUUUUAGGAUCCUUUUCGAGUAUUAUAAAUUUGAUCGGCUGUAUUUUUUAUGUUCCUGAACGUAUGUUACAUUUAAGUUUUAUUCCAGGUUAUACUAAAGGGGUCACUUGGAAGACCUCGUGGUUGAUAGCCGUUUCGUUGACUCUCAGUCAAUUUUUUUGCCUUUCACACCUCAUAGGCUUACGUAUUAUUACUUUAGAAUACUUGUUUCGUUUUUUUAGUUACUUAAAAAAUAAAAUGUAAAAAAUAAAGGCAAAAAAGGCUGUGAUGGUCAAAUGUAGUUUAUAAUUUUUACUCGCUGAUAUUUUUGUAAUAAAACCGAACUGAA